AUGUUAUUGCUACUACUGUUCGUUGCGCUCAACUCGGCAGAAAAAAAUAACGUUAAUGAAACAGUAACUUGCGACGGCGUCGUUUUCCAUCAAGUGUAUUAUGAUCGACAGAUUCUCAUAAAAAACUUGGGACGACCCUACAAUUUAGUUAUGCAUAAAUAUUCGAGGACGCUUUUCUUUAGUCAGACGGUGCAAAAUAAAAGAGGAGUUGACUUCGAAAUUAAAGCGUGUGAUCUCAGCAUAAUAAAAGAUGACAAAAUUCCAGAAUGUUCUAUGAUUAAAGGGGUUCCAGGAGGCUAUGCUAUUGCGUAUGACGCUGGCAAUGACGAUUUAUAUUUUGGGGGGCAUGAUGGCAUAUACAAAUACGAUUUCCCAACUAAAACAGCAAAGUUCUUCUCAGAGAAAGGUAAAUCCAUUUGGGGACUGUUUAUACGAAGAAACUUCUACUUUAUAGAGUACCCAUCACAAAAACUAUAUGUCUACUAUAAUGAUCGUUUUGUUGAGGUAGCAGAAGCUGUAAAUAUUGAAGUAGAUAUUUUCUUUAAAUCAAAAAUGGGUGAAGUUUAUUUUGCAAAUAAAACUGCAUUGUAUAAAGUUGAAAAACUAACUAAGCAUCCAAUAGUUCUGAGUGAUAAUAUUAUCGUCAGGCAGAUAGCAGAUGAUACGUUCGGAGAUGUAUAUAUUUGUGCUGCAGAUGGAGUAUAUCUCGAAGAUAAACCUUAUCAUAUAGUAAAGAAAGUAGCUGAUAUUGAAAGAGCAUUUGGUUUAACUUUUGAUGAAAGAGAUAAUAUAAUUUAUUCAGACGAAGAAACAAUAUAUAGAUUACUUCCCAGCAAUAAAAGUAAAACUUGUUGGUAUGAUUAUACUGUUGGCGGUGAAGAUGACAGACUAAAAGAUUAUGUAAUCAGUUAG